CCAGCGAAGCGUUUACUACACGGUGCGCCGCCGCCGCCGCCCCUCUGCCGAGGCUGGAGAUGGUGGAUGCAAUGGCGGCGAGUGUGGAGGACGAGAGGGUGAGCGAGGAGGCCGUUGAGGAGGAGGAUGACACGCCGCAGCUGAGCGCAGCGGCGUCGGCGGCGCUGCAGGAGUUCCUGGCAGAGCAGCGGCGGCUGGAGCCGGACGGAGGGGAAGGGGAAGGACGGGUGGAGCUGGUUGCGGAGGACUGGCGGCUGAGCCAGUUCUGGUACGACGAGCGAACCGCGCAGACGCUGGCGGAGGAGGUCAUCCGCCUCGUCUCCCCCUCCGACCCGGGCUCGGCCGCCGCUGCGUGCGCCGUGGCCUGCGUCGCGUGCCCGACGCUCUACGCCUACCUGAAGAAGCGCGACCCGGGCGUGCCCGCGCAGCUGCUGGAGUACGACGAGCGGUUCGGGCAGUACGGCGGCGACUUCACCUUCUACGACUACAGCCGGCCGGAGGAGCUGCCGCCGGCGAUGAAGCACGCCUACCGUGUCGUCGUCGCCGACCCUCCUUACCUGAGUAAGGAGUGCUUGGAGAAGGUUGCCAAGACGGUGUCUUUCCUCGCGCAGCCUGAAGGCUCAUUCCUGCUGUUGCUCACAGGGGAAGUUCAGAAGGACCGGGCAUUGAAGCUCCUAAAUGUUCGUCCCUGCGGUUUCAAGCCUCAACACUCGAAUAAACUGGGCAACGAGUUCAGAUUGUUCACAAAUUACAAUCCUGGGGACAGACUUGGUGGUUGGGAGCAAAGUGACGGUGCGCCCAUUUAGCUGUACACUACUAAAUUGUUCGUGACUAUUGUUGUUGGUGAUGUGCUGCUUAAAAAUAGCUACUGCAUGCUUUUGAUGUUCUAGGGCUGUUCGCGGCUCUUUAAAAAAUCGCUUAUGUUAGGACAAUCGUAGCAUUUACCUGCUAAAUCUGUGUGCUGUGAUGUGUAUGGUCAAAAUUUACAAUUUA